AUGAUCUAAAAAUUCUAUCCUCACAAAAAGAUUUUCCUAAUUACUAAUAAUUCAACAAGAACUAGAUAAUAGAUUUUAGAGGAGAAACUUAGGAGUUUCAAUUUUGAACUGGACAUUAAAUAUAUUUACUCCUCGGCUUAUGUCUCAUCUUAGUAUGUGAAGCAAAAUCUUAUUAAAGACACAAAUCAAUAGGAAUAGAGUGUUUACAUAAUAGGAUAAAAUGGCUUAAAGUAGGAGAUGAAAAAUAAUGGGAUUAGAGUGAUUAAUGACUAUGAUGAUACGAGAGAUUCUAUUGAAAUUGGGUCAGAUGAAAUCAGUAGUAUGGAGGUAGAUAGUUCUGUUUGCGCUGUAAUAGCAGGAAUAAAUUUUAGUUUUACCUAUAGAAAACUAUGUUUAGCUUCUCUAUACUUGCAACUUAAUAAUUCAACUUUUAUUGCAACUAAUUCAGAUAAGUAUUUUACUACUUAGGUAAAGGAUAGACAUAUGCCGGCUGGUGGUUCAAUAGUUAAUGCAAUUAUUGGUGGUACUUUAGUAAAUCCUAUUCUUAUAGGCAAGCCUGAAAGAAUGACAUUUGAAAUAAUGAUAAGAGAUCACAACUUAGAGGAGGAGUCUCUAAGUAAAUUUCUUAUGAUUGGAGACAACUUACUUACUGAUGUCUUAUUUGGAAAUAAUUGUGGAAUCGAUACUUUAGUUGUGUUAUCUGGAAAUACAUCAGAAAGCAAAGCGAUUGACAUGUUUAUAAAUAAGAAUAUGAGCAAAGAAGAGGGAAUACCUACGUAUGUUUCUCCUUAUUUUGGUUUUUCAUCGCAAAAUUUAAGCUGA